GACACACGUGUGCUACGAGUCCAGCGAAGCAACACGAUGUAACUACUUUUCUCUCCAGCAAGGUUAGUUCCAAUUCAGUUUCCAAUCCCUCCUUCCACUUCCCCAAACCCUCUUCACAAAACCAACCUAAAAUGGCGAGCCUCUGGCGCGCGGCAACCGCGUUAAUCGAAAAUCCGACCGAUCACGACGGCACAGAAUUCUGGUCCGACCCGGAACGCACCGGCUGGCUAAUGAAACAAGGCGAAUACAUCAAAACCUGGCGGCGCCGUUGGUUCGUACUCAAACAGGGGAAACUCUUCUGGUUCAAAGAAUCCACCAUCACGCGCGUGUCCAAACCGCGUGGCGUUAUCCCCGUCGCGAGUUGUCUGACUGUGAAAGGCGCGGAGGAUAUUCUCCAUAGACCGUAUUCGUUUGAGCUUUCGACACGCGCUGAUACGAUGUAUUUUGUUGCGGAUUCUGAUAAGGAGAAGGAGGAUUGGAUUAACUCGAUUGGAAGGUCGAUUGUUCAGCAUUCGAGAUCUGUUACCGAUUCGGAGAUCGUUGAUUACGAUAACGCGAAACGGUGAUCGAAAUAUUGGUCACGCGCUUUGAUGGUUUGUUCUGAAAUUCACGCGCCGUAGGUAAUUUUUGUUUUGUGUGGAUGUGUAUAUUGUUAUAUUAAGUUCCGAUCGUGUUGUUGGCGUUGUUGUGAGGAAUUUCUGUUUAUGUACUUGAAUUGUAGUAUGAAUUAUUACUAUAGUUCAAAUUCUCAAUUUGUAAACUUGCUUUGACGUUUA